AUGGAGUGUGUUAUUGGCAUUAAAAUGAAUGAUUUUGUGCUACUUGCUGCUGAUAUGCGUUGCGCUCACUCAAUCCUCACUUUAAAACACGAUGAGCGCAAAAUGUAUAAGUUCAGCAAUCGUGUGCUCGCUGCUGUAUGUGGUGAGUCUGGAGAUACAUCACAUUUUGCCGAAUAUAUUCAACAAAAUAUGCAGUUGUACGAGAUAAGAAAUGGAUAUGAGCUUACUCCAAGCGCAGCUGCGAACUUCACAAGAAAUAAUAUGGCUGAGUCACUUCGUAGUCGAUCUCCGUACUUUGUAAAUUUGCUGAUUGGCGGUUAUGACGACCAGACUGGACCAGAAUUAUACUUCUUAGACUAUUUGGCUUCCCUGAUAAAGGUCCCCUUCGCUGUUCAUGGAUAUGGUUCGAUGGUUGCUCUGAGUAUCUUGGAUCGAAUGCACCGUCCAGAUAUGACAGUAACUGAGGCUGUAGAGUUGCUGCGUUCGUGUAUUCAGGAAGUACAAAAACGUCUAGUUAUCAACCUUGAUCGUUACAUGGUUCGCAUCGUAACAAAAGAUGGUAUUGAGGAGCUACCAGACCUAACUGAUUUUGCAGUGAAAGCAUGA